UUGACGUUCCUCCUAGUAGCAUCAUCAUCAGGCAUGGUUGUUCCUGGGUAGACCGUUACUGCGAGGAGUGCGUGCUUUGACAAUGGUCCUCGCUAUGGUGUAAUGGUUUGGUACGUCUGCCUACUCACUCGGCCUUCAUUCGUUCGGUUCGCAUCCCCUUACGUAGUUCAGUGAUACGCCACUGACGUCUCUGCUUCAUUCACUGGGGUAGGUAAAUUAGGGUUUGGAGAUUCCUAGCGAGGGAACGUCAUGGCCGCCACUAGUUAGCUAUCAGUCACUGGUACUCUUGCCCUCGUUGAGCUGCCAAUGCUGCAUUUGCCGUUAGCUUCCAGCAGAUAUUAUUUGGUCCUUGGAAGACUCAGAAUAGGUCUGCGAGUCUAGCUAAAAACAUUUCAUGGAGUAGCUGGUAAGAGUUUGAGCCGCGCACAACGCGGGAGAAAUGGACGGCGUGCGAGAGCGAGGAAGCAGCAGCCGUCGAUCCCAUCCGCGAUCCGCGUCGCUCCGGGAAGGCGUCUACGACGGCAGGCGGCAUGACGACGAGCGGGAGGAGCGGGAGGAAUGGGGGGAGCGGGGAGAGCGGGGGGAACGGGGGGAGCAUGGGGGGAGGGAGGACUGGGGCGAGCGGGGGGUGGUGCGCGACAAGGAGCAGGAGCGGGCGAGGCGGCGGGCGCGGGAGAUGGAGCGGGAGCGCGCCAAGGAGAGAGCGCUGGAGCGACGAAUCGACAGCCUGUCGUGCGGCACGAGCUCCUUUGCCGCCGCGUCGUUCGACAGCGGCUACGAAAAUCCCCAUGGGUACGAAGGAUCCCGCGGGUUCGAAGGUACCCAUGGGCACGGAGGUAGCCAUGGGCAUGAUUACAACCCUCCUGACGGUAACGAUCGCGAUGCCGGACCAGUCGCCGGCAGACUCGGACUGGACUACCGUCAGGAAGCAGACGACGGUGCUGACGUGGAGCCCGAGUAUCGCAUGUUCGCGAAAAGCGCGACCGUCGCGCCGCCUUCCAGACACGGCGCCACGGGAUUCGGCGAGUCGCCGGUGCAUUCGCUCGACGUGCCACGUCAGCGGAGCUUCAGGGAGCGGCGAUCUGGCCAUGGCUAUGAGAUGAGUCACGGGAGCGUGGGGUUCGGAGAGUCACCGGUGCACGGGGUGGAGUUUCCACGUCAGCAGAGCCUGAGGGAGCGGCGAGAGCGGAGGUAUUUACCUCACGCGUCGCGAGCAGCAGUCCCGCAAUCCGCUAGCAUUUCCCCGUAUAGGCUCCGCGUCGACCCGCGCGCGGGUACAGCGGAUGGACUCGUUACCAGCAGCCCCGAUUUAAGAGUAAACUACGCGCCUCCGCCGGCCGUUGAAGCGGCGCUGGAUCCGCGACGCCAGGCCAUAUCGACGUCCGCGCCUCGGAGCCGCGUGCCGGCCGCCGAAUCUCACUCGUCCAGGAGCGUGCGCGAGUUUCGACGGUCACGAUCGGCCGUUCCAAAAACCACGGAUACCUCGGAGUUACUAGGAGGCGACUUUACCGAGGAACAGCUCCGUUAUUAUCUGCUUCAUCAUUCGCACGAAGACCCGUCCUCGUCGCCCGCGCCCUCGCAGCUUAUCAGCAGCAGCAGCAGCGGCAGGGAGCCGUACACGCAAGACUACCCCCAAACUUACCCUCAAAACUUUCCCCAAAACUACCCCCAAAAUCCCGAAAAAACACCGGAGCACGUGUGGGGAGGGCCGGGGGAAGCAUGGGAUGGGGACAGGGAGCGGGAGCGGGAGGGGGAGAGAGAAAGAGACCGAGAAAGAGAUCGCGACCGCGACCGCGAGAGCGGCGGGAACACGAGCUCGAGCCACACUAGCGCAGCGAGCCACUCGAGCGCGGGGCGCAGCAGAUCCAGCGUUCCACGCUCCGGAAGCAGGAGCAGGUCGGGUUCCGCCAGGCGCGGGGUUCCGCGGGUGAGCAGCGGGGGGGGGAGGGUGCAGCGCUCCGCGUCCGUGGGGCUGUCGGACUCCGCGGAAGAGGAGGAGGAGGAGGAGGACGGGGAGGAGUUUCUAACGUCGGUUCCCCCCGCCGCUAUGGACGUUCUGCUGGGAAACACGGGGAAGAAAACCGCGGCUGGAGGGUGGAGAAAGUCCGUGUCUACCUCGUCAGCAGCACCAGCUGCAGCAGGGGGGCAGGGGAGAGCGGGGCUAGCACAGGCGCCAGGGCAGGGGUGGGGACAGGGGAUAGGGCAAGCGACAGGGCAGGGAGCAGGGCAGGGAGCAGGGCAGGGGUUAGGGCAGGGGCCGAUGGGGGGGAGGAGCUGGGAGAGGCGGGAGGAUGCGCAGGCGGAAGCGAUAUAUGGGGCGCAGGGGGAGGCGAUGUAUGGGGCGCAAGAAGGGGAGGAGGACGAGGAUGGGGUGCUUGAGGCAUAUGCCGUGGACGACCUCGAUGAGUUGGAUGAGAUGGCGGUUGAUGGUGCAUGGGGGGUGGAAAGCGGUUACAUGGGAGGUGGAGCUCAGCAGCACGUGCAUCCCAUGCAGCAGCAGCAGUAUGUGGGGAACCACCAGCCCCAGCAGCUUUACCAGCAGCAGUACCCUAACGAGUACCACCAGCAACAGCAGUACUACCAGCAGCAGCAGCAGCAGCAGCAGCAGCCGCUUCAGUUACGCCAGCAACACCAGCCGCAACAGUGCCAAGACCAGUCCUUUCAACAGCAACUGCAACAGCAACCUCAACCGCAACUGCCGCAGCAGCAGCAGCAGCAGUCCUUGAUGAGGACCCCCCCACCAGAGUUCAGCUCUCCACGGCACGCAGACGACAUGCGCCGCCGCGCCUCCUCCCUCUCCCCUGCUCGAGGGGCCAUCUCCGCCUCAGGAGAGCUCUCUCCCUUCCGUGCCACUGCUGCCUCCGCUGCUGCUGCCGGUUAUGGGGGUGGCGGUGGGGCGUGCGGCCAGCAUGGGCGCACUGGCAGCAGCAGCAGUAGCCUUGGGCACGCGUCUCCCAGCCUGGGGCAUGUAUCGCCUACCACCACUGGCCUUGUAUCUUCCAGCGUUGGGCGUGUGUCGCCGACCCGUGCCAGGCAGGGGCAUGCGUCCCCUGGGCGAGGGUAUGGCUCUGGGGGAUUGGGCGACUAUCCACCUGCGGGUUUGGCUGUCGGCGCUGCCGCUGCUGUCGGUGCUGCUGGUGCUGGCCCGUGUGUGGGGGAGGAUGAGAGUGAGAGGCAGGCAGCGCAGCAAUGGCAGCCAGGUGCGCAACCAGGUUCUCAGCCAGGUGUGCAGCCAGAAGAUGUUCUGGAGCGAGGGGAGGGCAACGCAGUGCACUCGCAAGGAAUGGGAGCGUCUCCCUUGGGCACCACAGCAGUGAGGAGUGCUCGGGGUAGCACGGGGAUGCCAGGGGAAGGGGAUGGGGGAGACAGUGGUGAGGGGGUGAAGCAGGACGGCCGAGAGAGACUGAGAGACGGCUCCCAGAGUGGGGAGGAUGAGCUGGUGACUGCUGCUGCUCUGGUCAGCGGAACAGCGGCCUCCGGUGACGGCAGGGAGACUGCUGACGGAUCGGAUGAAGCAGGAGGAGCAGGGGGGGCAGGCGGAAGGAAGUCAAGUGAGGGUUCCUCUGCUGCUGCUGGUGAUGAUGCUGAUUCAGGGGGUGCAGCAGCAGGGGGCGCAGCAGCAGGGGGCGCAGCAGCAGGGGGUGCGUCAGGAACCGGUGCAGGGGCGGCUGGUAGGGGCAGUGGGGGGGGCGGAGGAGGCGGGUUCGCAGGGAUAGCGCUGGCUCGGAACCUGAGUCUGCAGGUGAAGAAGGCAGAGCACCAGGUCUCCCUGGAUCGGAACCUGUCGCUGCGCAACAUCAAGAAGCAGGGCAAGGAGUUCGUGCCCAAGCUGACAACCCUGCUGAAGAAAUCAGCCACCACAGCGGGCGCGGGCAUAAGCUAUGCAGGGGCAGCAGGGCUGAGUGUGGCGGGGGCGGGGAUCAGCGUGGCUGGCGCGGGCUUCAGUGCGGCAGGGGCGGGCAUCAGCGCCACGGUGGGCAAGAGACCGCCCAAGCCGGGCAGAUCCGCCACUGAGAAGGAACGCUCCAUGCCCUCGCUGUCCAUGCCAAGGUCUCUCACUCUUUCCAGACACAAAGACGGGCCUGAACGGCCAGAUAAAACUUUUGGUGACCUGCCCGCACCCAAGCGCACACACUUCCAGUACUCUGAGCUCCAGCUGGCAACAGGGAACUUUGACGAGGCGAACGUGCUGGGCCAGGGGGGCUUUGGGAAGGUCUACUACGGCGUGCUGCCAGUGCAGCCAGCACAGGUGGUGGCGGUGAAGGUGCUGACGAGAGGGGGGUCGCAGGGGGAUGAGGAGUUCACGAUCGAGCUGGAGCUGCUGAGCCGCCUGGAGCACAAGCACCUGGUGAAGCUGUUUGGUUUCUGCAUGCGAUCCCAGCAGCGGCUGCUCGUGUACCAGUUCCUGCCCAACGGCUCACUCACAGACCACAUGCACGGCAAGAAGAGGGACGAGAACGGCCCCCUGUCGUGGGAGCGGCGGCUGAGAAUAGCCGUAGGGUCGGCACGCGGGCUGCAGUACCUGCACUCACAGCGGCCGCAGAUCCUCCAUCGCGACAUCAAGUCGUCCAACAUCCUGCUCACUGACAACUUUGCUGCCAAGGUGGCGGACUUUGGGUGCGCAAAGCUGAUCAAGCAGACCAUCAUGGUGGAGGACCCACAGACGGGCGAGAUGGUGGAGCGCCUGGGGGAGAGCGUGGACGUGGCCAUGGGCACCCACGGGCACAUGGCGCCUGAGAUCCUCAUGACGGGCGAGAUCAGCUCCGCCACUGACGUGUACAGCUUCGGAGUGGUUCUCUUUGAGCUCAUCACCGGUCGCCUCCCUGUCUUGGCCGAUGGCCAACAGCUCGUGCACUGGGUCACCCCUAGGUGUGAGGAGAAGCGGUGGGAGGAGCUCAUAGACCCGGACGUGCUGGCAGCACAAGCCGGCUCCACGCCCACUGGCUCUGCUGUUUUAGCUGCUGCUGCCGCCGCUGCUGCUGCUGCUGCUUCUGCUGCUGCUGGUGAGGGUUCGAGUGCAGAGGCUGCUGGCGCUUGCACCGGGUCUAGCAGCAUCAGCAGCACCAGCGCCAGCACCACCACGAGCAACAGCAGCAGCGGCAGCAGUAACAGCAACACCAGCAGCACAACAACCUGCAGCAGCGGCAGCGGUGGGAGUGGGAAUGCAGGGAGUGCAGUGAGGCAGAGACCUAUCAGCCCCUCUUUGAUCCGCUUUGCAGAGCUCGCCCACUCAUGCAUCCUCUUUGACCCGCUGUCCCGACCUUCCAUGGCACAAGUGGCGCAUGCGCUCCAUGCCAUCUACCUAGACAAGGACUACAGCUCACAACCAUCCGCAGCUCAAGUGAAGAGGUCGCAAUCCCAUUCACACCAGAACCAGCACCAGUCCCCACCCCAGGGCCACGCGGCCACUGGAGGAUCCCCCUCUUCCUCUUCUCGCUCCUCCCCCACUGCAUCGGAUGACGACGGCAGCAACCGUGGCGCAGCAGCAGCUAGUAGCAAGGGCCCUCAAGCCAACAGCCACAGCAGCAGCAAUAACCCUAGCAGUGGUAACCGCACCAACAGCAGCGGGGGUGGGCAUCCCCCGGAACCUGGUGCAGAAGGGAGUAGCGGUGGCGGUGGUGUUGUCUCUAGGCCUUAUGCUGGGGUUUUGCCGCCAAGCGAAGGAGGGAGUCGAGAGGAGAAGUUGGAGAUGGUGCGAAAGAUGCGACAACUGUUGCAGGAAGGGAACAAAGAGGAAUUGCGGUGGGAUUCCUGAUUCAUUACCGUGCAGCCUAGGUCAGUACGUGGAAUACGGUGCGGAGGCCUGGAGCUGUAUGUAGGAUAUUUGAAAUUGAAACCUAUAGCCGGCUCUCAUUUAGUGGGCAGCCACGAAGUAUCUAUAGAAAUAGGAAGGCAAUCAAGGUUGCACUAGUCAUUAUACUGCCCACUUGUAAUGUUAGAGGGCUUAUGCUGCUAUUUUCUGUGUUUCCCUACACCAUUAUUUCAUUUGUUAUCGCGGAUUUUG